CGGCCGCGGCGGCGAAUGGGUAAUGAAGCUGUCACUCCGGCACCUACUUGUUGGGUGUCCGCGGAGCCGAGGCGCACAGAGGGCGAGCGGAGCCCGCGGGAGGGGAGCGGCGGCGGUGGUGGAGCGCUCCGGGCGGCCCCGCCGGCAGCCCAUGCCCUGCGCCCCCCGGCGCGCUGCGGGCGGCUCCCCCGCCGCCCAUGCCGCGAGCGGCCGCCGGUCCGUGGCCGGUGGGCUCGGCGGGCUCCUCUGAGGCGGCGGCGCGGAGCGGCAGCGGCAGGAGAAGGAGGAGGAGGAGGAGGCAUGCGGGGCGCCGGCCGGCCGAGCCGGGCCCCCCGCGCCGCCGCGCUCGGCCUGGCGCUGCUCCUCGCCUCCUGCGUGCAGGUGUCCCGCUCCACGGGCUAUUUCGAGCUGCAGCUUAACUCGGUGCGGAAUGUAAACGGCGAGUUGCUCAAUGGGGAAUGCUGCGAUGGCAUGAAAAGCCCCCAGAACCAGGACUGCUCCCGGGACGAGUGCGACACUUACGUGAAAGUCUGCCUCAAGGAAUAUCAGGCCAAGAUCACGCCGGUCGGACCCUGCAACUACGGAUUCGGAUCUACCCCCGUUCUCGGUGGAAAUAUUUUCUAUUUGAACAGCAACAAAUACUCCCACCAAGGCAGAACCCCCGAGACGGGCAGGAUUGUUAUUCCCUUCCAGUUCGCGUGGCCGAGAUCGUUCACAUUAAUAUUAGAAGCAUGGGAUUGGGAUAACGAUACAAAAGCUGGUGAAGACUUGUUAAUAGAGCGAGUGGCACAUGCUGGCAUGAUCAACCCAGAAGAUCGAUGGAAGACACUACAAAUCAAUGGUCCUGUUGCCCAUUUUGAAGUACAGAUAAGGGUGAAGUGUGACGAAAAUUACUACAGUGCCCUGUGCAAUAAAUUCUGCGGCCCCCGAGAUGACUUUGUUGGUCACUACACCUGCGAUCAGAAUGGAAACAAAGCUUGCAUGGAGGGUUGGAUGGGCGAAGAAUGUAAACAAGCUGUGUGUAAACAAGGAUGUAAUUUGCUCCAUGGCGGUUGCAGUGUACCUGGGGAAUGCAAGUGUCAUUAUGGUUGGCAAGGACAGUUCUGUGAUGAGUGUGUCCGCUACCCAGGCUGUGCUCAUGGGAGCUGUAAUGAACCAUGGCAGUGUAAUUGUGAAACCAACUGGGGUGGCCUGCUCUGUAACAAAGAUCUGAAUUACUGUGGAAAUCACCAUCCCUGCCUGAACGGUGGAACCUGUAUGAACACUGAGCCGGAUGAAUAUCGCUGUGCCUGCCCAGAUGGCUACUCUGGAAAGAACUGCGAAAUUGCGGAGCAUGCUUGUGUCUCUAAUCCCUGUGCUAAUGGUGGAAUUUGUCAUGAAAUUUCGUCAGGCUUCAAGUGUCACUGCCCAUCGGGCUGGAGUGGACCAACAUGUGCUAUUGAUAUCGACGAAUGCGCCUCUAACCCCUGUGCUCAAGGAGGGACCUGCAUUGAUGGUGUUAAUGCAUUUGAGUGCAUAUGUCCACAACAGUGGAUUGGAGCAACUUGUCAGCUUGAUGCUAAUGAGUGUGAGGGGAAACCCUGUGUUAAUGCUUACUCUUGCAAAAAUCUCAUUGGUGGAUAUUACUGUGACUGCAUUCCAGGAUGGACAGGAGUAAAUUGUCAUAUCAAUAUUAAUGACUGUCAUGGACAAUGUCAGCAUGGAGGGACUUGUAAGGAUGAAGUGAAUGGUUACCACUGCUUGUGCCCUCGUGGUUUCACAGGAAAAAACUGUGAGGUAGAAACAAAUGAGUGUGAGAGCAAUCCCUGCCAAAAUGGAGGCCGGUGCAAGGACCUGGUGAAUGGAUUCAGUUGCCUGUGUUCACAGGGAUUCUCGGGAGUCUUUUGCGAGAUGGAUAUUGAUUUCUGUGAACCUAACCCUUGCCAGAAUGGGGCUAAAUGUUAUGAUCUGGGAGGAGAUUAUUACUGUGCCUGCCCUGAUGACUAUGAUGGAAAAAAUUGCUCUCAUCUCAAGGACCACUGCAAGAACAAUUCUUGUAAAGUAAUAGACAGCUGUACAAUAGAAGUCUUCACUAAUGCUACCCAAGAAGGAAUCCGUUUCAUUUCAUCUAAUGUUUGUGGGCCUCAUGGACGGUGUAUUAGUCAGCCAGGAGGGAACUUCACCUGUGCAUGUGACAGAGGUUUUACUGGAACAUACUGUCAUGAAAAUAUCAAUGAUUGUCUUGGGAAACCUUGCAAGAAUGGUGGGACAUGCAUCGAUGAAGUUGAUUCAUUUAGAUGUUUCUGUUCAAGUGGCUGGGAAGGAGAAUUGUGUGACACAAAUUUCAAUGACUGUUCUCCUAACCCAUGUCACAACGGUGGCCGAUGCAUUGAUUUGGUAAAUGACUUCUAUUGUGAGUGUAAGAAUGACUGGAAAGGCAAAACUUGUCAUUCACGUGAAUACCAGUGUGAUGCAAACACUUGCAGCAAUGGUGGAACGUGCUAUGAUGAUGGAGAUACAUUCCGCUGCUCAUGCCCUCCAGAAUGGAUAGGAAGCACUUGCAACACUGCUAAAAACAGCAGCUGUAUUCUAAACCCUUGCAUGAAUGGUGGAACAUGUGUUGGCAGUGGAGAUUCCUUUUCAUGCAUCUGCAAAGAAGGAUGGGAAGGACGUACAUGCACACAGAACACCAAUGACUGCAACCCUCAUCCGUGUUACAAUGGAGGCAUCUGUGUUGAUGGGGUGAACUGGUUUCGAUGUGAAUGUGCACCUGGGUUUGCUGGUCCUGACUGCAGAAUUAAUAUUGAUGAAUGCCAGUCUUCCCCUUGUGGAUAUGGUGCCACCUGUAUAGAUGAGAUAAAUGGAUACCGAUGCACUUGUCCCCCUGGAAGAAUUGGUCCAAGAUGCCAAGAAGUGAUUGGAAUUGGAAAGCCUUGCUGGCUUAAAGGAAUGACUUUUCCCCAUGGGAGCCGGUGGGAACAAGAAUGCAACAGCUGCCACUGUUUGGAUGGCCGUAUUGACUGCACCAAGGUGUGGUGUGGAAAAAAACCUUGUCUGUUACACAAAUACUGGGAUAGUUCAAAUAACCAGUGUCCCAUGGGUCAAGAAUGCCAGGAGAAGUACAUGAAAUGCUUUCAGCCACCAUGCACAGACUGGGGAGAAUGCAGUGCCUCUGAACCUCUGCCUAUCAAUAUCAAGUGUCUGCCUAAUUCUGGGUACUUGGACAAUGACUGUGCUAGAAUUACUUUAAUUUUUAACGGAGACAAAGUCCCCCAGGGCACUACAACAGAAAAUAUCUGUUCUGAAAUCCGGUAUUUACCAGCUACUAGGACUGUUUCUAGGGACAGGACUCUGAUAAUAUUAUGUGAUCUGUCUUACUCUACAGAGAAUGCAGUGGAAGUCGCUAUUUCCUUUGUCCCGCACCGAGAUGAACAAGAUAAUAGCCUCAUACAGAAUGCUGCUAACACAAUAGUGAAUGCCAUCACUAAGCGACAGAACAGCACUGUUAUGUUGGCAGUAACUGAAGUCAAAGUAGAGACCAUCGUUGUUGGGAAUUCAUCAUCAGAUUAUUUGGUUCCAAUUCUUUGUGCGGUAUUUAGCAUUGUGUGGCUGACUUGUAUAAUCAUCUGCGUGUGGUGGACUCGGAAGAGAAGAAAAGAGAGAGAGAGAAGCCGUCCUCCCAGAGAAGAGGGUGCCAAUAACCAGUGGGCGCCUUUGAAUCCCAUCAGAAAUCCUAUAGACAGAUCUUAUAGUAACAAAGACAUUCGUUAUGAAUGCAAAAACUUCAUAUCUCCUCAAAAAAGAACUUGUGAUGCUGUAGAGGAGUACGUAGAGUAUGAGGAAGAGGAGGAUGAAGAGGAGGAAAGAGAUGAGGAAAUGGACAAAUUCCUCUCUCACAAACUCACAAAGCCUUUGCCGACAAAGGUAUCUGACACAUCAGAGAGCAGUCCAGUAAAGAAAUCCCAUCAAAUAGGCAAAAUGGACAACAGAUCUGUAAAAAAUGUGAAUGCAUCAAACUUUGAAGGCAGUAGAGUCUAACCUGUAUUUGGGACGUAGGCAGACUGCGCCUGCGCUUACUGGGGAGGGGAAAAAUUGACAUCUCCACUUUGCAUCAAGGACUAAAAGUAUCUGGAGUCAAAUGUUCAUAGUUUCUUUAUUUUGCGUAAAAAAAAUAAAUAAAAAUAAUAAAUAAAAUUUAUUUUGUUUCUUUAGCCUUGUAUAAAUUAUUCAAUGACUGUCAGAUGAAAAAAAAAUGAGUAAUCUUUGAUAGUUGCUAUUUUUGUAAAGUUUACUUAUAAUACACUCGCUGUGUGGCAGAGGAGAGGUUGUAUUUUCAAUAUGUGUAAAGUUUAUUACAAAAGACUGUACACUGUUUACAGAAUGUAUUUCUUUUUAUUACUUGCUCUAAUUUAAUGGUGGCUUUAAAACCUCCUGGUUGAGGAAAUUGUGUGAACUUUAAACUGCUUUCUUGACUUUGAAUCUCUAUUAAUGGCAGCUCACUGCACUUGUUACGUUAGUAGCUUCUGUAAGAUUUUUUCCAAAUUUGCCUUACACACUUUGUAAUAGGAACAAAAAAAAUAGUUAUAGAGAUCUUUCAACUGUGGUUUAAAAGUGGCCUUUUUAUUUCUGUUUAAUUACUUUAGAAUUGCAGUAUUGAAGCAUGUGACAAGUGCCUUGAGAUUAAACUUUUUCUAUAGCAACUGUCAAAGACUGCCAUAUCAAUAUAGUAAAAUUGUGAGAACUCUAGGUUCCCCAACUGACACAGUUUAUUUUCUAAUAGUGAAAGUGCUUUUUUGUAAAUAUGUACAUAUUAAAUGAAUCACUCUGUAUAUUUGAUUUAAUAAGUUAAAUAUUUUGGUCUUUUUUUUUUUUUUUUACAUGUCAUUCCUUUUAAUUUAUGUUGCAGAAAAGGAGGUUCUAUGGCAGUUUAUAAGACUUUUUUUGGUAUAAUGUCCAGAUUAGAAAAUGAUGUUAAUACAAUCAAUGUUAGGAAAUCUGUUGGUCAUUUGUAUUUACAUAGGAACAUAACCACUCUAUGUGUAAAUAGAUCCAGAAAUGUUUGUUUAUCCCCAUGUUCAGCCCAUCUCAAGAACACUAACGGGUGCAUCUACUGUACAGUACCAACAUAGCGAGGCAUUGUUUUUUCUUUUGUGAAUAUGUUAAUUACAUGUGGUAUUACUUUUUUUUUUUUGCGUUUAAAUACAGGCCUAAUGAAGGGAACAAUAUUUUCCUCAAUCUUGUUUCUGUUGUGCUUUAUUCAUCUUUCGCUCUAAAGGAAAAAAGGCUGGCAAGCUCAGAGGAUGGGAGUAUCUCAUUAGAAAUGGUUAUAUGUUAUGGAAGGCUUAUGCUUUUUUUUUUUUAAGGCUUUUAUUAUUGCUGUUAACUGGGCAAACUGUAAGUUGUUUUGUUUUUUUUUUAAUUACUGAAGAAGCAUAACACUACAUACACCUAGUUACCCUGCCACUGAGAGGAACGGACAUCUGAGAGUGUAAACUCUGGCCCAUGAACAAUGUAAAAGUGAAUGUUUUUAAACCAGUUAUUUUAUACAGGAAUGCAGGAUUUGCUUUGCAGGAUCAUCUGUAUUAGUACAUUUUUUUGACAUGUUCUUGGAAAAAAAAAAACUUUCAGAAAAGAAACUAUUUAUUAAAGCAUUUUAUAAUGAUGUUUGUUGUAACUUUUUUACUUGUGCUAAAUAUUCAAAACUUAUUUUGAUAACCUGGUUAGGAGUUAGUUUAGAAAAGGGUACUAUCCUUCUCAUGUUCCCCGGUAUAAUCCUGAGUAUUUAAACCAAAAACACUUUUUUUCUGCUACUCUUGUAACUUUUUGUACUGUAAUGCUGCUGUCUUCCAUAAUCUAAUAAAAUGAUUCCCUCAUUGUGUGUAAGAUA